UACUCAAAAGUCAAAACCGGCGAACCUUCCAAGUCCCAACGUUAAGAGGCAGUGAUGCUUUUGCAAGCGGCGACGUGGAGUGUUGCAAUAUCACCCAAUUGGGCCAUCCAACCCUCCGGGGAGUGCCAUUACCCGCCAAAUUUCUGAUGCCUUGCAUAAAAAUAGUAUGCGUACCCAUCCGAUCCGGCCGUUAAUGUGUACACGGAGCUAACCCACGGACGGCAGAUCUUACGUCCUCAUAAAGUUUCUAUGAGUAGCUAUAAAUUUGGUGCUCUCGGAUAUCGGGAGCAAUUGGGAAGCGGGAUCGAGAGCGGGAAUCGAAGUCUUUCCUUCCCUUAUCUCAGGUUUUUUUACCCUUCGAUCCGGGGGAAGAUUCCUCCCGUAAAAUCUUUCUUCGACAAUAGAACGAAAUUUGGAUCUCGUCUUCGCAAUGGCGGCGAUCUACAGUCUCUUCAUCAUUAACAAAUCCGGCGGUCUCAUAUUCUACAAGGAUUAUGGAUCGGCGGGGCGGAUGGACACGAACGAUAGCUUGAGGCUGGCGAGCUUGUGGCACUCGAUGCAUGCGAUCUCGCAGCAGCUAUCACCCACCACCGGAUGCAGCGGGAUCGAGCUCCUCCAGGCCGACACCUUCGAUCUCCACUGCUUCCAAUCCCUUACUGUAAGCCAAACAACACAAAGAAAAGGCAAAAAGCAAUAUGGUACAAAAAUUUUUGUUGUUUGCGAACCUAGCACACUACACAUGGAAGGUCUGCUAAAAGUUAUCUAUGAGUUGUAUACGGAUUAUGUUCUGAAGAACCCUUUCUAUGAAAUGGAGAUGCCAAUCCGUUGUGAACUUUUUGAUGUGAACCUUUCUCAAGCAAUCCAGAAAGACCGUGUUCCCCUGUUGGGGCGUUGAAAAAGAAGUCCCAACUUUAAUCUUUUACUUGUUCGUUUCCCAAACUCGAUCGAGUUUGUUAAUGUGGAUAAUUGUAUUGUCAAUCAAUAUGAAUGAACCUAAGCACUUUUUGUUGUUGUGGAUAAUUGAGUUUGUUAAUGUGGAUAAUUUUCGAAAUGUUCAAGAUUUGGAUCAGUUAAUUAUUUUUAAUCC